CUGUUCACUGUUCUCAUGUUCCUCCGAGCCACCUCCUCCACCACCACCUCCCCGCUCCUCCUCCGAUGCCGCCCGCUCCCCUCGCCUAAAACCCUAGCCCUCGCUCCGCCUCCCCCUCUCCUCCCCUUUUUCAUCCGCCCCCGUCUCUUCGCCGCCGCCCCCUCCUCCUCCGCGUCCGCGGCCUCUCCUCCCCGCUGCGCGACUGCGGCCGCCGCCGCGGCCAAAUCCGCGGAGAAGAAGCCGCCGGCCGCGAGGGCGAGGCGGGCCGGCGCGGUGCCUGCACCAGCUGCGGCAGCGGCGGCGGGAAUGUCGGCCCCCGGGGGCGGCGCCGGGGGGAAGCGCACGGUGGCGGACGUGCUCAUGGGGAACGCGCGGGCCGCCGCCAGCAAGGCGAAGAAGGCGGCGCCGUCCCCGAGGAAGCCCCGGGCGCAGCCCGACGGCGCGGAGACCGAGCCGGAGGCCGCAGCGGUGGUUGGAAAGCCGCCCUCGCUGGCGAGGUCCAAGCGGGCGUCGUCCCCCGCGAAGUCUCCCCAAUCGCUGGCUGAUGGGGCGGCUGGCGAGAAGAAGAGGUCGACGUCGCCGGCGAAGUCCAAGGGUCCAGCCGCGGCCGCGCAAUUGGAUGGAGCGAAGGAGGAUUCCCCGUCGCCGAAGAGGUCCAAAACCCUAGCGGCCAAAUCGGACACUGUCUUGCAGACAGAUGGGAAGGCCAAAACCAAAGAUUCCCCAAAGUCCGAAGAGAAGAAUACCACCCUAGAGCUGAAGAAGAAAGGCAGUGAGUUUGACCCGAUGGCUGCUGCCUAUUGGAAGCCCGGUGAGCCCGUGCCAUUCCUGUUUCUGGCUCAGGCGCUUGAUCUCAUCUCCAACGAGAGUGGCCGGAUUGUCAUUACUGAAAUCCUAUCAAAUGUGUUCCGGACAGUGAUGGCAACAACACCGGAUGACCUCCUUGCAACAGUAUACCUCUCAGCUAAUCGGAUUGCGGCACCUCAUGAGGGGAUUGAGCUUGGAAUUGGGGAUGCAUCAGUCAUCCGUGCACUUGCAGAAGCAUAUGGACGCAAGGAGGAGCAUGUUAAGAAGGAUCUCAAGGAAUUGGGUGAUUUGGGUCUUGUGGCGAAAGCAAGCAGGUCAUCACAGAAGAUGAUGUUUAAGCCAAAACCACUGACAAUAUCUCGGGUGCUUAGCACUUUUCGGACAAUUGCAAAGGAGUCAGGCAAAGACAGUCAAGAUAAAAAAAGAAACCAUAUCAAGGGACUUCUUGUUGCUGCCACUGACUGUGAACCUCAAUACAUCACACGUCUUCUUCAGUCAAAGAUGAGGAUCGGGCUGGCAGAGAAAACUGUCCAAAUGGCUCUUGGGCAAGCUGCUGUAUAUUCUGACAAAAAAUCUUCGCCACCAAAAGUUCAAUCGCCUUUUGAAGAGGCUGCAAAAAUAAUUAAACAAGUAUAUUCAGUUCUUCCAAUCUACGAUAAAAUUGUCCCAGCAUUACUUGAAGUUGGAGUUUGGAAGCUUCCGGAGACAUGCAAAUUUUCCAUAGGUGUCCCUGUUGGCCCUAUGUUAGCAAAAGCAACGAAAUCUGUCUCGGAGAUCAUUGACAAGUUUCAGGGUCUUGAGUAUACUUGUGAGUACAAGUAUGAUGGUGAAAGGGCUCAGAUACAUUGCAUGGAGGAUGGUUCAGUAGAGAUUUAUAGUCGGAAUGCUGAAAGAAACACCGGAAAGUAUCCAGAUGUUGUUGAUGCAGUUUCUAGAUUCCGGAAGCCUACAGUCAAAUCAUUUGUCUUGGACUGUGAAAUUGUUGCCUAUGAUCGUGAAAAACAGAAAAUUUUGCCUUUCCAGAUACUUAGCACAAGGGCCCGCAAGGGUGUUACCAUAAAUGACAUCAAAGUUUCAGUCUGUACUUUUGGCUUUGAUAUUCUUUACAUAAAUGGACAACCCCUUCUCCAGGAACAACUCAAAAUUCGUCGAGAGCAUCUUUACAACUCUUUUGAGGAAGUACCAGGUGUUUUUCAAUUGGCAACUGCAAUUACAUCAAAUGACCUGGAGGAGAUACAGAAAUUUCUUGACACAGCUGUCAACUCCAGUUGUGAAGGGUUGAUUAUCAAGACAUUGGAUAAAGACGCUACAUAUGAGCCAGCAAAGCGAUCAAAUAAUUGGUUGAAACUGAAGAAGGACUACAUGGAUAGCAUUGGAGACUCUUUGGACUUAGUACCGAUUGCUGCCUUUUAUGGGAGAGGAAAACGAACAGGUGUCUUUGGAUCAUUCCUCCUGGCAUGCUAUGAUGAGCAUAACGAAGAAUAUCAAACAAUAUGCAACAUAGGUACUGGAUUUUCUGAGCAACAGCUUGAAGAACGUUCUUCAAGCCUUCGAAGUAAAGUGAUUGAAAAACCAAAGGCAUACUACAGAUUUGCUGACACAAUGGACCCUGAUGUGUGGUUUGAACCGUCAGAGGUGUGGGAGGUGAAAGCUGCAGAUCUGAGCAUAAGUCCUGUGCAUCGUGCUGCUAAUGGUAUAGUCGAUCCAAAUAAGGGUAUCUCCCUGAGAUUUCCUCGUUUGUUGCGAUUACGGGAUGAUAAAAGCCCAGAACAGGCGACCACUUCUGAGCAAGUUGCUGACAUGUACCGGGCUCAAAAAAUCAACCACGGUUAUAACCAGGAGGAUGAGGACGAUGACUGAUGCUGAGCCAAUUCUUUGCGUUGAAUGCAUGGCUCAUUGAGGUAUUGACCAGAGGAUGCGUUCCUAGUGGUUUGCUUCGUCCUGAUUUGAACAGUUAGGAUAUAUUCAGAUUUGUGCAUUCCUAGUGGUGUAUCCUGCUUCAUUUUUUUUCGUUUUCUAACGUUCACCACGAGGAUUCUGUGAGUUGUGCAUGCGCCAUAUGAGGUUGGAGCCCUAUCAAACUAACCCCAAGUACGUUAGGACAUACAUUAGCACCAACUCGCAUAGCAAUUUUUGCCUUGCGAAGAAAGUGGAGCUUUUAUAGCAACCAAAGCACAGAUGGAAUUGAAGUGACAUCAUGCUGAUCUUUGCCCCUUUGGCACGCGGAUGCCUCUGAAUCGCGUUGAAGCAGAAGGGCUUGCAAGGUGUGAUGCCUGUUAGGGUGAGGUCUUGGACGAAUAGGUGGUGCUGGUGCUUGAGCUUUUUAUAGUUGAAUUCGCUUCAUAACGAAAAUGUGAAUUUCUUCA